AAGGCAAGAGGUUGGUAUCAAUCAUGCAGUAUCACACUUCCCGUACAUACUUGUAUUUUGCCAUUAAUAGUCAUGCACUUUCUGUUCAAUUCUCCCUUGACCCAUUCCCCCCCAACUAUUCUAGCCUUGUAUAUAAUGUAAAUGAGUGUAAAUACUGUUUCAUGCCUUUGUACUGUCGUUUUUCCAACAUGUAACCGCAUUAAAAGACAAUUGUAUAUUUUCACACACAACCAGCAUUAAAAAAAAGGACCUUUUACUAAUGUUCUGUUAUUUCUCAUCAAGGCAAAGAGUCCCCCGUGAGGUGCAUAAUAACUUACAGGUGAGAAUGUGUUGGUGGUGUUGGUGGUGGGAAACAAUGACGUGGUACUCCUGCCGAUGUCAGUGACUUUGCACUUUGAGAGUGAGAUGCAAACUGAUGCAGGCGAGCACUCAAUUGCAGAAAUGUGCGUCACAUGGGUCACAUGGGCCUGUUGGGUUUGUUGGCUGGCACGCCAGGUCAUGUGCGCGUGUGGUACAAAAAGCGUGCACCGUGAACAAAAGUCUGCAGCACCAGACCUUGCUAGAACCUCAUGUGCUCCCGCGGAAGUCAGCAACAGCAAGACGCGGCGCUCGAGGGGCCUUCCAGUGCUCACCGUGGAGAUCCCUGGAGACCAUGACAGUCAUCCUUUACACGCUCGUCCUCACUUGUGGGGCAGACUUGAUGCUUGUUUGUCCGACGGCCCUUGAAAGCACCAAAGUACGAGAAAGAAGAAGAAGAAGAAGAAGAAGACGGAGACCCGCAAGAGGAGGACCAACUCUGACCGCGCCGUUUGGGAGUUGCAGCGUGGAGAAAGCGAAGGAGAAGGAGGAGGAAAAGUCGUCCAGGACAUCUCCAAAGGCACAACUGCAAGAAAGACGCCGUGUCCAAGAAGGAAAAAAUUAUCCCGUCUCCAUGCAGUGUUGAGGAAUGACCAUUCGCCAUGGAAACCCAGUCCCAGGCCAGUUCCGCAGCUGAGAAGAAGAAGAGGGUGGAGACCAUCGUGGCAACCAAGGGCUCGUCGGCACGCAAUGACAUCAGCGAGAAGGCGGUGGCCUCCAGCACCACGUCUAACGAGGAUGAGAGCUCAAGUUCGCCCUACCACCGGGAGAGGCGCAACGCUCUCAGCGCUACGACAGCAGCGCCCGGUGCCCCCGUGACUGAGGAGCCCUCCACUUCCACUGAGGAGCGCCCGUCGCUGCUCAAGAAGGAGCUGCACGGCUCCUUGCCUCACCUGGCUGACCACGCCCUGCCCUACAGGGGCACUCUCUUUGCCAUGGACCCACGCAACGGCUACUUGGACUCGCACUAUCCUGCACCACAGUUCUUCCCGACCUUUCACCCUCCAGUGCCAAUUGACGACAGGCAUGCCCAGGGCCGUUACAUCUACGAGCCUUCGCCCGUGCCCCCUCUUCAUGUGCCUCCUGCGCUGGCGGGCAGUCCGGCCUUCUCAGACAUCUCCCUCAUCCGGAUCUCGCCGCAGCGGAACCCCUCGGUGGGGGCGGAGUCGCCCUUUCACCCCUCGCACCCCUACAUCAACCCCUACGUGGACUACAUCCGCUCCCUGCAGCCCCUUGGCAGCCCCUCCAUCUCCGUGCUGUCGGCCACCAGAGGCCUCAGCCCUGCAGAUGCUCCUCACGCAGGCCUGACCCCCGCCGAGUACUACCACCAGAUGGCUCUGCUGGCGGGCCACCGGAGCCCCUACUCUGCUGACCUGCUCCCCUCCGUGGCAUCCUCAGCGGCGGGCAGCGGUGCCGGCGCUCUGCAUAUGGAGUACCUGCAGGCCAUGGAGAGCUCUCGCUUCCCGAGCCCGCGGCUGCCGUCGCGGCCCAGCAGGAAGCGGCCGCUGCCCAUCUCGCCGCUGUCCGAGCACAGCUUUGACCUGCAGACCAUGAUCCGCAACUCGCCCAACUCGCUGGUCACCAUGCUCAACAACUCACGCUCCAGCUCGUCCACCAGCGGCUCCUACGGACACCUGUCUGCCGGAGCCAUCAGCCCGGCGCUGAGCUUUGCCUACCCGCCCACGCCGGUGGCCUUGCACAUGCACCAGCAGCUGAUGGGCCGCCAGCCGGGCAUUGUAGGCUCCGCCUUCGGCCACAGCCCCCCGCUCAUCCACCCGACGCCGGCCUUCGCCACCCAGAGGCCUGUGUCUGGGUUCACCGCUGCCGGGCUUCACGCCAGCGACCGUUCGGGCGUCUCCGGUGACUCCUCACAGAUGAAACCAACCAGUGAAUCUGCGGUGAGCAGCACCGGCGACCCGAUGCACCAUAAGCGCUCCAAAAUGAAACCAGAGGAGGAGCUGCCAAGCCCAGGAGCAGUCAGCAUACAGGAUCACCCCGAUGGGAUGACGCUGGUGAAGGAGGAGGGAGACAAGGACGAAGGCAAACAGGAGCCUGAGGUGGUUUACGAGACCAACUGCCACUGGGAGAACUGCUGCCGCGAGUUCGAUACCCAGGAGCAGCUAGUGCAACACAUCAACAACGACCACAUCCACGGGGAGAAGAAGGAGUUUGUGUGUCGAUGGGAGGAAUGCUCCAGGGAGCAGAAGCCCUUCAAGGCCCAGUACAUGCUGGUGGUCCACAUGCGCAGGCAUACUGGGGAGAAACCUCACAAGUGCACAUUUGAGGGCUGCGCCAAGGCCUAUUCUCGUCUGGAAAACCUCAAGACUCACUUGCGUUCCCACACGGGCGAGAAGCCAUACGUGUGUGAACAUGAAGGGUGCAACAAAGCCUUCUCCAACGCGUCUGACCGAGCCAAACAUCAAAAUCGUACACACUCAAACGAGAAACCGUACGUGUGCAAAAUCCCGGGCUGCACCAAACGCUACACGGACCCCAGCUCCUUGCGCAAGCACGUCAAGACCGUGCACGGGCCCGAGGCGCACGUCACCAAGAAACAGCGUGGAGAUUACCCGCGGCCUCCAACGCAGCCUCGGGAGCCCGGCGCCAACAAUCAGGGGCGGUCUCCGGGGCAGCUGGCGCUGGGGGGCUACACGGACCAAAGGGAGUACAACCACGUUACCUCAAAACAGGAUGAAUGUCUGCAGGUGAAAUCCAUCAAGACAGAGAAGCCCAUGACGUCUCAGCCAAGCCCUGGCGGUCAGUCUACAUGCAGCAGUGACCAGUCCCCCGUCAGCACCUAUCCCAGCGGUGGAGUCCAGCUUACUGUGAGCGCCGGACGCUCGCCAGGGGAGGGGUUGGAGGAAGACGAGGAGGACGAGGAUGAGGCAGAGGAGGAACGCGAGGGCCAGCCGGCCCCCAUCAUGGACUCCACCGUCUCCACGGCGACGGCGGCCAUGCUGACCCUGCAGGCGAGGCGUAGCGUGGGCCGCCCCCUGCGCUGGAUGGAGCACCUCAAGAUGGAGAGGCUGAAGCAGGUGAACGGAGUCCUGCCCAGGCAGGGGCCCCUGUCCCCGACACUGCCCCCCAAGGGUUCCAUACUCCCCACCAUCCAGGGGAAGGGGUCCUGUCUGGGCAAACAGUGGACGGUAGCUGCUCCUCAGCCCCCCGCUCACCCUGACCUGGGCGGCACAGAGUUAACGGUGCUCAAUUUGCUGCGAGACCGACGCGACAGCAGCGGGAGCGCCACCAGCUCUGCCUACCUGAGCAGCAGCCGCCGCUCCUCGGGCAUCUCCCCUUGCUUCUCCAGCCGACGCUCCAGCCAGGCGUCCCAGAGCGAGGGCACGACGGCGGCCGCCCACCACCGCCGCCUCCACAACCUCAGCUCCACCGACUCUUACGACCCCAUCUCCACCGACGCCUCCCGUCGGUCCAGCGAGGCGAGCCAGUAUGGAGGCGGGUACGGAGCGGGAUAUAGUGGGGUACACUCAGGCGGGUUGUACGGGGGCGGAGAAGGAGGGGGUUCACGGGGGAUGCUUAAUUUAACCCCAGCACAGCACUACCACCUGAAGGCCAAGUAUGCUGCAGCGACGGGUGGCCCGCCGCCCACACCUCUACCCAACAUGGAGCGCAUGAGCCUGAAAGCCCGUAUGGCCAUGAUGGAUGACGGUGGCGCCAACCAGCCUCUGCCACCCCUUGUCAGGCCCCAACGCUGCACUGACGCCACCAACAGCUCCAUGGGACACUCAGGCUACAGGAGGAGGGUUUUUUAUCCCGGCGAGGGGCCGCUGGCUGGCAACAGGAGGGCCAGCGAUCCGGUGAGGACGCAGGCUUCUUCUGACAUUGGCAACCUGCCCCCGGUGCAGCGCUUCAACAGCCUGAGCAACCUCCACCCUCUCCCACCUCUGGCUCAGCACCCCAUGCCUGAAAUUCGCAACUUUAACCUGCAGAAUUACACCCGCUCAGAGGGCAACCUCCAGAGGGGCUCGCAGAACUCCACCUACACCCCUAGCAUUGCAGAGCACGCAGCUUUAGAAGCUCUGGCCAUGGAGGGUGAUGGAGAGGCUUACCAACUGCUUGAAGAUGAAGAUAUACUUCCUGACGACAUGGUGCAGUAUCUCCGCUCACAGGUUCAAGCAGAUGGUGGACCCUACGUGCACAUUGAGGACCAAGUCUCCAGAGAAAGAGUGCACCAAUCUAUGGAAGGGAUGGAGCAGACAUCCGGGAUGAACUUCCCGGGAAACCACUGCCUCCAACAGCAGCAGAGGAGGAGCCCCAGCAUGCUUCCUAUCCAGUGGAAUGAAGUCAGCUCCGGGAGUGCUGAGCGGUCUCCUCAGAGGAACUGCGGAAGGUGGUCAGCUCACGCCACGUCUGAACCUUUUGGCAGGUUUGGAAACAUGGUGGUCCAGCAACAGCAGCAGCAGCAGCAGCAUGCCUCACUCGGCUUCCAGGUGGACCAGUCCCAAAGUGCUUGCACCGUCAACCCUGUGGUCAAGCUGGAGGUGUCCCCUACGUCCUGCAUGGAGAUGAGAGGAGCCGCUCCCAGCACCUUUGCUAGGCCUCACUUCUCCAAGCCCACUGAUGGACCUCUUCCACCAAAGCAGAACCACUUCCAGCAGAACCUCAACAGUAGAGUCACCUGCCAGGUGGGAAGCAACCUCAUGCUCAGUCGGGCCUCCAGAGACAAUCUCCAGAGCCUCUCCCAGGACAAUGUCCUUCAUCCCAACCAGCAUGGCCCCCAAAUAAACAGGAACUUGGGGAGGAACCAUCUCAACCCCUCAAGCUCCAGUCAAGCCCAUCGGUUUCAGAAUGGUGGGGGUCUGUGUUCCCUUGCACAUGAGGGGCUGAAACAGGAAGCUCCAGAACAUGCAUACCUGCUGGAGCAUGACUUCAGUGAUCCCAUCUCCUUCCAGCAGACAAAUCCCAAGGCAGCAUCCUUCCCGACAGUGGGAGACCACUACUUGCUGGACUCCAUAGCUGGGGGGCAACUUAGUAGCCAGGGGGACACGUCCACUUCCCUUCUGUCUCCUGGUUCCGACCAAGUGACCAGCACGGUGGAGGGCGCCACUGUGCUGGAUGAGGGCGCCAGUCUGGACUUUGGCGCCAUGAUGGAAGACGGCUUUGACCAGGGUAGCCUGGUGUCAGGCCCGCUCAGUCCCUCCAUGUUCCAGGGGCUUUCCAGGACCUCGUCGCGGCUGACCACCCCUCGCGCGUCGGCCACCUUCAACACAACGGCCCCCGCCCUCCACGCCGUGGCGCCCGGCGUCAACAACAUGGCCAUCGGAGACAUGAGCUCCCUCCUCAGCAGCCUUGCAGAGGAGAGCAAAUUCCUGGCCAUCAUGCAGUAGAUCCCUCAUAACCUCUCUCUCUCUCUCUGCUUUCUCCUCUCUUCUGGUGUAUGUGAAGGCAACUAGUAGAACUUUUCAAAACAUGUACUUCCAUUUCUUUUGUACCAUCUCACAUAGAAGUGGGAUUAAAACCAUGUAUAGACAAAUAAAUCAUUCCUUUUAUGGAAUGAAACCUUUUCUAUGUACGACAAUGUGACAGUGAGGGCACCCUCACGUCUUCAAACAGUAUUCUUCUUGCGUAUUGUCGCUGUUUUUGCUGGUUAAAAAAAAGAAUAAUGCAUGUAUUCAAGUGGAAAUACUGUCCUUAAAGCACAAACGUGUGUGCUUGUCACUCCAGGUCAGACACACUUUACAUCAGGGGUGGGGAACCUGCAGCCCGUGGGCCAUAAAUGGCCCACGAGAGCAUUUGUUCCUGUCCGCCAUGUUCGAAAAUGUCAAAUGGCUCUCAGUGUUUCAGUGCUGUUUUUGUCCAAAUAUAAAUAGGAUACUACAAUCAAGUUCUUCUACUUGGUCUGGUGAGGUACUCAAGUGUAAAUACUGUUACAGUGUUUUUAUAGUCCCUUUUUUCCAGGUGCUUUGUGUUCUUUAUGGACGCUGACGCUGGUCCAACAGCACAUGAUUUUCCUUUUUGGUCUCGCGAUGCUGUACAGUGAUGUGUUUUUUUUUUAUUUGUCUUCUCCAAAGCUCUUAAAUUCCGAAUGUGUACCACCAAGUAUUGCAGCGACGUCAUCACCAGUGUUAGGAUAUUGCCUUUUUCAUGAUUUUUUUUUUUUUUUUUUGUAGUUUACCGUUUAUUUA